AUGGAUCACAUCAACUUUUCCCUUGUUGACUCUUCUUUCGAUAACCUCGAUCUUAAUGUUUUUUCUUCCACGAAAGAAGAAACGGACAUUUUAUCUUCAAUUAAGGAAGAAAUGGACGCUAGAAAAGAUCUGGAUGUUUAUCGAAGGAAUGACGCAGAACAGAACCACAAAGAAAGUUUACAAGCAAUUUCUUCUGCCAUACAAGAACAAUCGAGUUUCCAACAGCCCCAAUCCACAGCCAAUUGUUGUAAAAGUGAAUGGAACCACGAUCAUGAUAAUUACCCCAUGGGAUGCCCUCGGCUACCUCUACACAAUCAAUUUUCCCCUCCCAAAGAAAGACCCCAAGACAAAAAAACCGAAGUUCACAAAUCUGAGCCAAGUGAAAUUCCUUUUUCGGCAUCUCGACCAAAUUCGUCGGUGGAUAAUAAUAAUGGGAAGUCGCAAAAGUUAUCCAACAAUGAUCAACGUCUCUUGGAAGUCGAACCAGGAAAAAAUUAUAGGCGUUGCAUUUGGUGUAUCAAUUUCAGCUCCCACCGAGAGAAGAAAGAAAGAAUUAGCUUCAAUCCGAAUAGAAAACGACCAACACCUUUUCCCUCGGGACCAGAAUGGAGUCGUGAUCCCAUCUCAAGAAACGUGGAUGUUCGGGAAUUGCGCGGAGACGAAUGCUUGGACUACUUUAUGUCUGUUCAGAACAGAUCUCCAAAUCAAAACUCGAACAGAAUAUCUUCUGAAAAAAGUAGUAGUACCGCCAUGCAUGAAUUGCCAAGCUUGUCAGAAUUGGUUGAAUCGAUAAUGAAUGAUCAUAAGUACCGUGAAUUUUGUGAAAAUGAAGAUAAUUGGUUAAUUGACCAGGAAUAUUUCAGUGACACAUAUGGAAUCACCAAAAUUCAUCCGCUUCUUGUAGAUCGUUACGGAGGAUCUCUUAUGUUUUUAGAUGACCGUAAUAUUCUGUUUGAAUGGUGUGAAAUGACACGAAGCAUGUAUAUAUUGGGAAUUAACAAAAUGGAAGGUUUUGCAAACUUCCUCUACCAUCCAGAAAAAAGGUGUGUCAUAGAGGUAGAUGGUAAGUUGAUACCUGAUAUGGAACUUGAACGUCAAGCAAAAGAGUCGGCGAAAGUUGAGUUUACUAAUUUAGCAAAAGCAUGA